AUGCGUCUGCUCAGUUUCUUAGCCUGUGCUGUUCAUGUCAUCGCCUUUCGCUUUGAUGCUCCGGCAAAUUCCGAAUAUGUCGUGCGUACAGUGCCCUCCGCAUGCGAGAAGAAACUGCAGAUGCUCGAAGAGGAAUUGUUGGAGUUCUGCCAAAAGGAGCAGGAAGGUUUGAAGAACGGUGCGUACAGCUGGCUCACACAUGUCAGAGAUGUGCACGCUGCAGAGAUGGCCCGCAAUGUCAUGCAUGCCCUGAGGUGGGGGAAACGAGACGCAUCACACGGGCUACUUUUCACCAAGAAGGCGUUCUACGAUCACAAUUCCACCUUGCUUCUUUGGAGCGGCGUAUCCCCGUCAUCUCGCGGCAAAUGGUGCGCAUCCCUGAACACGUACAUGUUGCAAGCUGAUGGCAAUGACGAUAUCCAGACACCCUUCGGCAGCAUUCUAGAUAAGAUUAAGAUCAGGAACGCUGAUGAAGACUUCUUGCAAGGCUGUGGUUGGCCCCAGCAGGAGCCGAUCUGGCAAGCUGCCUCCGAUGCCGUCGUUUGGCGAAACGGAGAUGCUCUUGUACGGUUCCUUGUGAAGAAGCCCUUAAGGGGCACUGGGUCUCUCCGGGAUAGCAUCUUUUUUAGAGCCGAGCUCCCGACCCUCGCGAGAUAUCCGCCGGUGGAGGGCCUUCGGGUGCUCAACGAACACCCCCGCGUCAGGUGCCACCACCUGAUGCCAAUUAUAAAGGACAGAAUUGAAAGUAACGGGCUUCUAGAUGAUUGGCGCAAGGUGAAAACCUUUUCGUGCGUAGACGUCGGGACCCCUCCGAAUCCGUCAGAGUACAAGAAGCUAGACAGCAGGGCCACUGAGUUCUUGAAACCCGGGGAGCAGCCAGAGGCGGCAUGUGCCAUGGACUUAUUUAAUUUUACUGUCAUAGAGACAUAUAAGAGGUGCCGUGCCAGAGGUCGGAUUGAUUUCACUGUCUUUCAAGACGUAGCACGGCAGCUGCCAGAAAGCUACGUUCCCGAGAUUACGAGCUUGAGGCUGCCCCAGUUGUCAAAGAACAUCAAACAACUCCCUGCUAUCCUGCCAGACAUUGUCGAGAUGUUCGAUUCGUCCAUACCAUUGGAGCUGUGUCUCUGGAGUUCACUCGAAGUGGCACGACACGAGGCAGGCUUUGAUCGUGAGACUCUUUUGGGCCUUCUUGCGACAGACUUGCGUGGCAUGUGCCGAGAAGGAGCGCGCAAGUUGCUGCCCGGGCUCCGCAAAGCUUUGGGCGACUCGGAUUCUCUUGUGCGGCAAGCUGCCGCUGGAUCGCUGAAGACCAUGGGUGAAGCAGCAGCAGAAGCCGUGCCGGAGCUCCUAGAAGCUUUGCAUGACGUUCAUCGGAGAGUUCGUUCGGCCGCCGCUGUAGCCCUGGGCUCCGUCGGCAAAGAGGCAAAGCAGGCUGCACGGGAGCUGCUGAAGGCAACGGGCGACUCUGAUUCGGGGGUCCGCCAUGCUGCUGCAGAAGCCCUGGAUUCCAUCGCCAAAGAGGCCGCAGAAGCCGUGCUGCCGCAGCUCCGGCAGGGUUUAAGCGACGCUGAUAUGAAGGUCCGCCGGGCUGCCGCUGGAGCUCUGUAUUCCAUGGGCAAAGGUGCACGGGGCGCCACGGCAGAGCUUCGGAAGGCUCUGAACGACUCUGAAUGGCGAGUCCGCAUAGCUGCCGCUCGAGCUCUGGGGUCUUUAGGCAAGGAGGCGGCAGACUCUGUGCUGGCGGAGCUUCGCAAGGACUUGGGUGAUUCUGAUCGCAAUGUCCGUUGGACUGCAAUUGAAGCCCUAGGGUCUUUAGGCAAAGGGGCAGAGGACGCCGUGCCGGACCUCUUAGAGAUUUUGGUCGACUCGGAUGCGGAAGUUAACAGAGCUGUCACUGAUGCCCUAGGGUCCAUCGGCAAGGAGGCAGCAGAAUCUGUGCUGCCGGAGCUCCGGAAGGCAUUGCAAGGCUCUCAUCGCAGAGUUCGCGCUGAUUCCGCUAGAGCUUUGGGGCGCAUCGGGAAUCAUGCAGCCGUGCUGGAGCUUCGGAAGGCCUUGGGCAGCUCUGAUCUGAUGCUCCGCAGAGCUGCCGCUAAAGCCAUGGGGUCCGCGGGCGAAGAGGCAGAGGAAGCCCUGCCGGAGCUACUGAAGGCUUUGGGCGACUCAAAAUGGCAAAUGCGCAAGGACGUCGCUGAAACCCUGGGAAAACUCGGCAAAGAGGAAGCCGUGCCGUAUCUCCUAAAGGCUUUGGGGGACUCUGAGUGGCAUGUCCGCAAAGCUGCCGCUGAUGCCCUGGGGUCCAUCGGCAAAGCCGCAAGGGAAGCCGUUCCGGAGCUCCAGAAGGUUUGGGUGCGGGACUCUGACGGUCGUGCCCGCAAAGCCGCC